AUGGAGAGGACCAAUUGGACCAGUGCCUCCCACUUCAUUCUCCUGGGGAUUUCUACUCACCCUGAAGAGCAGAUUCCUCUCUUUGUUCUCUUCCUCUCCAUGUACAUCAUUAAUGUGUAUGGAAACUUAGUCAUUAUCAUGCUAACCAUCUCCACAACUCACCUCCAUACCCCCAUGUAUUUCUUUCUCAGCAACUUGUCCUUGGCUGAUAUUGGCUUCACCUCCACUAUUAUUCCAAAUAUGCUAUUAAACAUCUUCUCAGAUAUGAAAACUAUCUCUUACACUGGCUGCCUGAUGCAGGUAUACUUCUUUAUUAGUUUUGCAGCUAUGGAAAAUUUCCUUCUGGCAGUAAUGGCAUAUGAUAGAUAUGUUGCCAUAUGUCAUCCUUUCCACUACCCUGUGAUCCUGACAAGGAGACUAUGUGCUCAGAUGGUAGCCUCUUGUUAUAUUCUCUCCCAUUUCCAUGCCUUGCUCCAUACCCUGCUCAUGACCAGAUUGUCCUUCUGUGCUAACAACCAGAUCCAUCACUUCUUCUGUGACCUCUAUCCCCUGAUGAAGAUCUCUUGUUCCAACACCUACAUCAAUACCCUGGUAAUUCAAACAGAAGGGGUAGUCAUCAUCAAUGGUGCUCUAGCCUUUAUCAUUAUUUCUUAUGCCUGCAUCAUCUCAACUAUUCUUCAGAUUCCUUCAACCACUGGUAAGUGGAAAGCCUUCUCUACUUGUGGAUCACACCUAACAGUAGUGGCUAUAUUCUAUGGGACACUUACUUGGGUCUAUUUUCGGCCCUUGGCCAGCUAUUCAGUGGCAAAGGGGCGCAUUGUGACAGUUAUGUACACUGUGGUGACUCCCAUGCUAAACCCCUUCAUUUACAGCUUGAGAAAUGGUGAUUUGAAGUCUGCCUUCAGAAAAUGGUGGAAUAGAAUAUGGUACUCAGGUCUCAAAUAA